AUGGUUAAAUGUGAAAUUGGGAACGCGGAAACGGAGAACGCUGGUUUUGGCGAGACUAGUCUCGGCGCAAACUCGACUACUCUGUUCGAGAGAGGCAGGUUUUACGAGGAGUACUCGGCGAGGAGAAACGAGAGGCUGAAGAGAAGAAAAGGCGAAACGGGGACAGAGUCGAAGAAUGGGCACCAUCUUGGACUUGGAGUAACCAUUGAAUCUUCAAAGAGAAUACAGUCGAAGAAGCUGAAGAGCUUGAGGAAGUCGGUGUCUGCUGCUUAUUCCGUGGAAAGGAAUGAGAUUCAGACUCCCAGGUAUUCGCUCCGAAGCAUGAGCAUGACCAAAGAUAAUAAGAAGCCUGUCAAUAAUUACAAUUCUUCUGUGUCUUUGAUUGACACUGCAAGCAAAACUACGGCUAGACGAGUUGGUCCAAGGGUCUGA